AUGGCCAGGCUCUCCGGUCUGCAGCGGGAGGUGCUCUCCCUCUACCGCAAAUGUCUGCGCGAGGUCCGCAACAAGCCCCUGGACUCCCAGUCCAAUUUCCGAAACUAUGCACGGUAUGUUCUCUACCAAGUACAGCUAAUCCUGAGCCUUUCCCGUGGCCAUCCCAUCGGUGCAACCCGGCUGAUUCGCGGGGACAGAGCGGAGUUCCAAAAACAUCGCUCGGUGAAUAAAAAGGACUUUGGCGCUGUUGAAUAUCUACUACGCAAAGGCCACCGCCAGCUGGAGAUGUACGCAUCCCCGGGCAUUCGCAACAUCCGAUGA